AUGUCCCCCGCACUCUUUCAGGUACUGGUCGCCCUCGGCACGGCCGCAGUGACGGCCAAAGCGCAGGUGCUUGCCACCGGCCCCAUGGGCGCGACCAACCCCCCCGCGGCCGUCUUCGGCACGCCGAUUAACCAGAACUCGAAUGCGCGUCUGUUGAGUGCGUAUGGGAGCCAGGGAACUGUCUCGAGCAACCGGCUAACUACUCCGUCUCCAGGCCUCAACGCCAUCGACGACUGGUGUGUCUUUGCGCCGCAGCAGCCCGGCGAGGUGAUUGAGGCAGAGGUCGUCGCGUGGUGCACGCAGCCGCGUAACAACGCGCGUGUCAUCCCGGACGGCACCGUCACAGCCGCACACUUUGUCAAGACGCCCGUGUACUGGCAGAUCCAGGGCUGGGGUGACUUUACCAAGCUCAACAUUGCCGCCGGUGACGCAGGUGGAGAGCUCGACCCCCACGGAGCCACCAACCUCGGCAACCCCGUCGGCGGCAACGUCACGACCUCGGCGACGGGCCCCGAUGUCUCGUACGAGGAGUGGAUGAACUACAUGGCGUUCAACCAGUUCUGCCUCCGUAUCUGUAUCGGCGAGGGCGAGUUCUCGGCGUCCACCAUGUGCCAGCACACGCUCGACCUGAUGGGCUGCCAGUGGGUCAUGCCCGGCGACUACUCGGACAACAGCUUCACCGAGUGCGAUGGCGACGCCGCUAUCCCCCCUGGUCUCUACCCCCUCCCUGGUGGCGGCUACUCCACCUUCCAGCAGCGCUACACCGGCACGUACACCAACACGCUGCCCGACGGCUCCAAGACCACUGGCGUGUGGACCCAAGGCGAGACCACCACGCCCGCUGCCCCAGCCACGACGCCCAAGACGUCCAACUGCAAGACGUACGCGACCAUUUCUAACGGUAUCCCGCUGGCGCAGCUGGCCGCGGGCGGCGCGUACACCGGCACGCGCAGCUCGGCGAACAAUGCGCAGGUGACCUCGGUCGCGCCGACGGGCCCCACGCCCAGCGUGAACAUCACCGUGGUCAACUCGACAGUCGUCGGCCCCAACGGCACGUCGGUCGUCAACCAGACGUUGGUCACCACCGUGCUCCCCACGUCGACCGACUCGAUCGUCGUCGUCACCGUCACCGGCUCGGACGGCGGCGCCGCACCUACCAACGGCGCCGCUCCUGCUGCUGGCGGUUCGAGCCCCGCCGCCGCUGGCGCGAGCUCCAAGCCCUCGGGUGCGCUGCGUGCUGUCGCUGCCAGCGGCGUCCUUGGCCUCGCUGCCUUUGCCGCUUCCCUUAUCGUUCUCUAGUUAUAGUAUAGUGCCCCUGGACAUUGGCCUGCGAUUGUUUGCAUGAUUGCAUUUUUGUUUCGACUGGA